AUGAGCUGCUGCUGGUUCUUGGUCUUCGCCGGAGUGUGGUGGCUGCCACUGAUGAUGCUCGUGGUGGCCGAGGAGCAGCAGGGCGGAGACUGCUCGGCCAAGAAGUGCGGCAACGUCAUCAUCUCCCAUCCGUUCUGGCUCUCUACUGAAAAGGUUGAGAGACCGUGCGGUUCCUUGGAUUUCGAGGUCACCUGCAAGAAUACCCUUCCGACACUACGGAGCUCGAUGUUGGCUACGCCCGACUCGACGAGUACUUUCCGUCGAGACGACUUCGUACGCAGCCGCCGCUAG